GUCAAAAAAAAAAAAAAAAAAGCGGGAAAUCCAAGAACAAAUCAUCCUGUUUGUUGAAACCUUUCAUCUUUGUUCAAUAGACUCCCUGUCAUCCCCUCACUCUUUUUGGAUUCCUUUCUUUCUUUUAUUUGCCCUUUUCUUCUUUUUUUGCAAGCUCUUUCGAUCUGAUUUGUUGUAUAAAAGACGAUAACUUAUACUAGCAAGAAAAGGAAUUGUCUCAUUUUUCAACUAGAACAAUACAUGUAUAUGAUUCUCAGCAAGCUAUGACAGUUUUAUCUAGUUAUGGUGAAAGAGUCAUUGAUCGUAUAAGCAUGUUGGGUAUGUGGUUAGCAGUAACCAUUUGUAUCAGAAACUUUUUUGUCUGUCUGCGCCAAUAUCGCAGCACACACGGCUUUAUUCAUUUGAUGAAUAUGACACAAGUCGUUGUUUUAUGCAUUCAUCGGUUUGUGUACGGCCUUGUUCCUCUUUUUGAAAUCACGACGUGUGCCUUUUGGCCCUUACUUGUAUCUCUAUGGCAUCUAACCUAUCUUCUCUUCUAUGCCAUCAUGUUUAAACGUUUGAUCAUUUUAGAAUCGGAGAAACAUUCCAUAUGGAUAAAGAUUAUUGGUGUGUGCUUGAUUACCUUGAGGCUGGCUGAUUGGCCUUAUGAACUUGCUUUCCACAGUUUACAGCAACAAAUAAUGCACCAAACGGUAGUCUCGGGAUCGAAUUGUCAUGCUCAAUGGGGCACUGGAGUCAUCAUAUUGAAUUUUGUGGCAGAUGCACUCAACAAUCUCUUUCUAAGUGGCAUGUUUGUCAGAAGACUCUAUGUUCAUAUGCAAUCCUCUAGCAAUAUCAUGAGCCAUCGCAACAGAGUCAUCGAAUAUGUGGCACGCAAAUCCCUUAUCUGUUUCAUUUUGACAUUCGUUGUGAAUCUGAUAAUGAAUCUUCUUAAAGUGACACAAAUCUUUGGUAAUCGCUCUGAUGCGUUAACGGCCUAUUUUGAAAUUGUCGAAUCGACACUGUUGGUGGAAGCGCUCAAGAUGGAUUAUCUACGCUUACCCAAUCAACUGUUUUGCGAGAAUUGCGGCCUGAUUAUCAAUUCUUAUGGUGAACGAAAACAUAGUCAUCCUCUUUAUCAGCAACAAAUAAACGAUCAAUUAAAUACGAUCACUCUAGAUAUACCCAUCACCUCCACCACCACCACCACCACCACUACCGCCACGAGUCCGCAAGGUACGACUUCCAACGCGCAUCCUGUUGAGCGCGUCCACCGCUGCAUCACUACGAAUACGACAACCACCUUACCACCGCAUGUACCAUCCUCCCCGACAUCACGCAAUAUACCCUCCUUUGUAAAUCAGAGAUUCUCUUCAGCGGCAGCAACAGCGAACAGUAGCGUAAAUCACAACAAUCAUAUGAAAAGUACCACCCUUGAUGAACGCCAUCCACUCACUCCUUUAUCCAUGGAAGAGGAAAUGGCGUGAUGGGUGGAUGCCUUUUUUAUCUACUCUCUCACUU